GCGGAAAGCAGUUAUUUUUUAUUCAGGUUCCUACCAGAACCUCAACCACUUUAUCAGAUUUAUAUGAUGGAGCAACAAGAAGGACUACUGUACAAUGGUCAUGAAAAUGACGAAGGAGUUAUGUUGAUCAAUGAAUCCGUACGUCGUAACUCAUCGUCGGCUUCCACAGAUAGCGGACGUGGAGCUGACUGUUCAACAACUGUUUCGCAUAUUACCUCAAAUACGUCAAUGCGACGCGAUCGUUUAGUAGCCGCUAGUCAUUUUGGUAGUCAACGAUCGUUGUGGUGCGAACUCCCAGAAGUCAAAAGCGCUGGUUUGCUGGAUGUACUUGACGAAGAUAUGAAGAAACUUCAAGAAGCGUUUUUUGAAGUGAUUACCAGCGAAGCAUCGUACCUCCGAUCUUUAAAUAUACUGAUAACACAUUUUAUGGCAGCUCCUGAACUACUUGGCUCAAAAGGAACUUCAUCAGUAAUUUCAAACGAGGAAAGAAAGCAGCUGUUCAGUAAUAUUUUUGCUGUUAGGGACUGUAGUGAAAGGCUGUUGUGCGAUCUGGAAUCUAGACUGGAAGCAAAUCUUGUGCUAACCGAUGUUUGUGAUAUUCUUUGUGAACAUUUUUCGACAAAUUUUGACCCCUAUGUAAUGUAUUGUUCAAAUCAAGUCUACCAAGACCGUACACUUAAAAGACUCAAAUGCGAAAAUGCAGCAUUUAUGUCUUGUAUUCAACGGCUUGAAAGCGAUCGUCAGUGUCAGGGAUUAGACAUGAGAUCUUUCCUGAUGCUUCCAAUGCAGCGAGUUACACGAUACCCUCUACUAGUAAUUGCUAUUCUUGAUCGUAUAGGUACUGAUACAGAGCAACAAAGAACCGCCCAGGCAGCUCUGCAUCUUGCGAACCAGGUGGUAAUAAGUUGCAACGAAGGAGCUCGAAGAAUGGAACGAACCGAACAGCUGUUAGAGAUUGAGCGUCGGUUGAUAUAUAAAUCUUCAGAUUUACGCCGAAUCCCUUUGGUAUCUUCUGGACGAUAUCUGGUUAAACAAGGUUCUUUGAUGCAUCUGACAGAAAUUAAACCGAAAACUAUCUUACAGCCCCGUCAACAUGCGCACAGUCUUUAUUUGUUCCUUUUCAGCGAUAUUCUUAUGAUCACCAAAAAGAAAUUAAAUGGAACAUUUGUUUGUAAAGACUAUGCUACUAGAAAAUUUGUUGAUAUUGAGCCUGUGGAGGCAGAUAGUCCAAAGGUGUUUCCGGGAGCUUUGGUUAACCUGACUUCAAAGCCGCAUCUGUUUAUUUGCACUCUGAUGCAUAAUGCCAGAGGUAAACAAACCGAAUUGCUUAUUGCUUAUUCGGUUGUUCUUGGUGGUUUUCAGUGCUCUAAUCCGGAAGAAAAAAUUUAUGCAGAUUGGGACUGUCCACAGGCUACAGUUGUUCAUGCAUAUGCGGCAAGUCAGGAAGAUGAACUGUCGCUUGAAAAGGGCGACCUGAUAAAUAUCUUACGGAAGAUGCCGGACGGUUGGUUUUAUGGCGAACGCGUCCGUGACAGCAAAGGUGGUUGGUUCCCUUCAUCGUAUGUACAACAGGUGCUCAACGACCAUGUUCGGGCCAAAAACUAUCGGCAGCGGUUGCGGGUUAUUCAGGUUUGUCACAGUUGA